CUUUAAUCUUGAUUUGACUUGACCAAAAAGUAAAAGAUUUGUAACUCUUUGACUUAACAAAAGACAGAUUGAGAUUAUUCCAUGACAAAGGUGACAUAAGCCGUACUGAUAAUUGUCAACAAGAGGAUGAUAAGAUAUUUUAAACGAUACAAUGCAAAUGAAUAAUUUAAACGAUUCUAUCAGAAUGUUGCAUAAGGUAGCUUCCUAACAAAUGAGGGCCUUUAUUUUGAACAUACAAAUACUUUAGUUGCUUUAUAUUGAUUUGAACAACUUAUAAUAUUAAAAAUGAGUGUUUAUUCUUUAGUGGUGACGAGGUUAUUCCUCAAGUCGAAUUCACAUCUGAAAUAUUUUAAAAAUUUGAAUUUUGGAGUCUUAAGACAAACAAGAAGGAAUAUCUUUAUGCAAACUAGAGUUAGUCAGAAGAAAAAUUAUGUGGCUGUGGAAAUACCUAAAGAAGCCGAGAUCACAACGAAAAAACGAAUAUGGAUGAGAUUUCGAAGAAAGCAAGACGUGGAUGUUGUAAAAAGUAAUAAUGUAACUUUGAAAAAAUCUGAUUUAAAGAGGCUUUUGUCAUUGGCGAAACCAGAAAAAUAUUACUUAAUGGGGGCGAUUGGAUUUUUAUUAGUUUCAAGUUCAGUAACUAUGGCUGUUCCCUUCAGCAUAGGCAAAGUAUUAGAUAUAAUUUAUUCAACGAGUGAUAACUCAGAGGAUGCUAAAAUACAACUCAAUCAGUUAUGUGGAAUAUUAAUCUUAGUGUUUGGAGUUGGAGCAGUUUGUAAUUUUGCAAGAGUUUAUUUGAUGUCAUUAUCAGGAUAUAGAAUGACUCAAGCAUUAAGAAAAAAAGUAUUUAGUUCAAUUCUUAGGCAAGAACAAGGGUGGUUUGAUAAAAGAUCUACAGGUGAACUUGUCAAUCGUCUAUCUUCCGACACCCAAAUUGUAGGUCAAGCACUUUCUUCUAAUAUUUCUGAUGGAUUGAGAUCUGUUGCCAUGGUAUGCGCUGGUACUGGUAUGAUGUUUUAUACUUCAGCUGAGCUAGCAUUGGUGGGCUUAGGUAUUGUUCCUCCAGUGGCAGGUGUUGCUGUGAUAUAUGGUAGAUAUGUAAGGAACAUCACAAAGAAAGUUCAAGACACCCUUGCUGAAUCGACCAAAAUAGCCGAAGAACGUAUUGCAAAUGUUAAAACUGUGAAGACUUUUGGACAUGAGUCUAGAGAAAUUAAAUCUUAUGAUCAUUCUAUCAUGAAUGUUUUACAAAUUGCUUAUAAGGAAGCAAAAGCUAGAGCUCUCUUUUAUGGGAUGACAGGUUUGACGGGUAAUAUGAUAAUUAUUUCCGUGCUCUAUUAUGGAGGUGUGAUGGUAUCAUCACAAAGUAUCAGUGUUGGGCAGUUGUCAUCCUUCCUUUUAUAUGCAGCCUAUAUUGGAGUCUCCAUUGGAGGGUUAUCAAGUUUCUAUUCAGAAUUAAACAAAUCCAUCGGAGCUGGAAGCAGGAUAUGGGAAAUAAUGGACCGACAACCAGCAAUUCCCCUAAGAGGUGGAAUUACUCCUUUGGAACUUCCAAAAGGUAAAAUAGUAUUCCAAAACGUUGCUUUUACUUAUCCGUCUAGGAAGGAUAUCCAAAUCUUCGACGAUUUAAACCUAGAAAUUGAACCAGGCAACAUGGUAGCUGUGGUAGGUCCCAGCGGUUCAGGCAAAAGUACUUUGGCCGCUUUACUUUUGAGAUUAUACGAUCCAUCUAGAGGCACAAUUUUUCUUGACGAUUAUGAUAUACAACAGUUGGAUCCUGUAUGGCUGAAAAAAUUCAUUGGCACUGUGGCUCAGGAACCAGUUUUAUUCUCAACGAGUAUCAAAGAAAACAUUCUAUAUGGUUCUGAAGAUCCUGCUAAAAUAACUGAAGAGCGCCUUCUUGAGAUAUCCAGGGAGGCUAACGUUCAUGAAUUUGUUCAAAAUUUACCUCAGGGCUAUGAUACUUUGGUUGGCGAGAGAGGUAUAAUGCUUAGUGGAGGGCAGAAACAGAGAGUAGCCAUUGCAAGAGCUUUGAUCAAGGACCCCAAAAUAUUGCUUUUAGAUGAAGCAACAAGCGCUCUAGAUGCACAUUCCGAGCAUUUGGUCCAAGAAGCCCUUGAAAGAGUGAUGAAAGGGCGAACAGUACUUACCAUUGCACACAGAUUAUCUACCAUACAAAAUGCCGACACAAUAGCGGUCUUAAAAGAAGGAAAAAUAGUCGAGAAAGGGACUUAUCAAGAAUUACUUAAUUUAGACAAGGGAGUUUUCAAAGAGCUUAUGAAGCAUCAAACUUUUGGAGUGGGGCAAUAAUGGCUUUGUUAAUUUAAGAAAAAAAGUUGGAUUUAUCUAUUGUUAAUAAAUAUUGUUUUACAAA